AGUACGAAAUGGCAGUCGGGCGAUCGUGGUCGUAUUCUGUUGCUAUUCUGGCAAGUCUAGCAGUGGUAUCGUGUGCACAAACAGAUGACCCAUGCAAGGCAAAAUCCCGAGUGGUAGCAGACGACAAAUACUGUGACAAAUAUUGGGAGUGUGAGAAUGGUCAAGCAGUACAAUAUGAUUGUCCUAAUGGAUUGGUCUUUGCUGGGAAACACAGAGGAGUUACCGAGGGGUGCGACUAUCCUUGGAGAUCGAACUAUUGUGAAUAUCCGAAAGUGCAAAUAAAUCCCCCCAUUGGUACGGAGCACUGCGAUUGGCUGUACGGAAUCUUCGGGCACGAGACGUCGUGCACGCGUUACUGGACCUGCUGGAACGGCACAGCUACAGAACAACUGUGCAUCGGUGGUCUGCUGUACAAUGAGAACGCACACUCUUGUGACUGGCCGGAAAACGUCGACGGAUGCCAGAAACAUCCUCUCUGCAACGAAGAUCCCAAUGGUAAUGUACCUCUGGGUAAAUCCUGCAACCGCUACUGGCAAUGCCAGGGAGGAUACCCGCGCUUGCAGCGUUGUCCAGCCAUGUUGGUGUUUGACAGGCGAUCACUGAGGUGUGUGGUACCACCGACUGACGAGUGUGAGAUUCCUACCACUACCCUGUCACCCCAGGAAGAAGAAGAGAACUCCAGACCGGGUCAACAACAAAAGCGACCUGAGUACCCAGACGGUCAGCCCGGUCGUCAACGGGCAAGAAACUAAAUUUAAACUUUUCACAUAUUCAAUAAAAAAUAUCGUCCGUCUUUAUUUAACUUUAUAAUAAAAUAAGCCAAAUUUUACAUACUUAUUGUUUUUCAGUACAUGGGACACCUGAAAAUAUUUAUAACAGUUAUGUAAAAUUUAAAAUAAAUAAUGCAAUAGUUACUGUGAAUUAUAUUAAAAAAAACAAUAUUUAUUAAUUACAAAAAAAAACAAUUUUGAGACAAAUAUAUUGCGUUUGUUAACGAUAUUUACCAAAUCUAAUUAUGUGCUAAAUGAAUCGUUUUACUCGUAGAUUCACUUUUGUACAUUUUAUUGACGAAAAAUUUUGUAAGCUUUAUUUAAAAAAAAAUAAUGUAAAAGCUUAAAAUAACAUCGUUCAUAGUUAUAGUCCAAAUCAACAUUUAAUCAUGGCAAUUAAAAAAAAGAAAUAUGAAUAUUGUAGAUAAAAAAAUUAAUGAAGGUCAGUUUUAAUUUUAUAAAAAAACAUACACCGCGAUAGUAACUAACAUAUUUAGUAACUCGUAUUAACUUAGUAACUUAUAGAAUUACAUUCCAAUAGAUGUACUUAUAUUCUUAAUUAAGUCAUAGUUAUAUAAUUAAAAUAAUUAUGUACUAUAUUUACUUUUUCUAUUAUAUAUCUCGUAAAUACUCAAGAAUAUCACAAAGAUCAUCCAUUAUCUAAAAAAAACUUUGUUUAAUUUGUAGAUUUAUAAUUUAAGUUUGUAUUUUUUUAAU